CAAGUGCCGGUCUACAAGGGCGUCGACUACAUGAAGCUCAAGGGCGACACCAUGGGCAACGUCAUGCUCAAGACGUUUGGUCUCCAGACGGACACUGCUUGGAUCUGGUACGGCGCCAUCUACCUCGCGGCAAUAAUCUACGUCCUCCUUGGCCUUGCGUACAUCGCGCUCGAGUACAAGCGCUACGACGCACCCGAGAACGUCUCGGUGGCAAGGGACAAAGCCGACGAUGAAGAAGAUGCCGGUGAUGGGUACGUCAAGGCGCCCAAGACACCAACGGAUGUCGCCAAUGCGACUGAAGACGUUGCGGUACGCGUCGCCGGCUCAAGCUUGCUGUCGCCCUCCGUCGUUUUGGCCUUCCAAGACCUCUGGUACUCGGUGCCCAGUCCGACCAAGGGCGAGCCCGACUUGCAGCUGCUCAAGCGCAUCAACGGCUACGCUCUUCCUGGCACGAUCACGGCGCUCAUGGGCUCGUCGGGCGCGGGCAAGACCACCUUGAUGGACGUCAUUGCCGGUCGCAAGACGGGCGGCAAGAUCGAAGGUCAGAUCCUCCUCAACGGGUACCCGGCCACGGACCUCGCGGUGCGUCGUGCGACGGGCUACUGCGAGCAGAUGGACAUUCACUCGGAAGCAGCGACGUUCCGCGAGGCGCUCCAGUUCAGCGCGAUGCUCCGUCAGUCGGACGACAUUCCUGCGGCGGAGACGAUGGCGUUUGCGGAAGAGUGUCUCGAGCUCCUUGACAUGAAGAACUUCGGCGACAUGGUCAUUCGUGGCGCGUCGGUCGAGCAGAUGAAGCGUCUGACGAUCGGUGUCGAGCUCGCAGCGGCGCCGUCGGUGCUUUUCCUCGACGAGCCGACGUCCGGUCUUGACGCUCGCUCGGCCAAGAUCAUCAUGACGGGUAUCCGCAAGAUUGCUUCGACGAGCCGCACGGUGGUCUGCAAGAUCCAUCAGCCGUCGACCGAAGUCUUUGAGAUGUUUGACUCGCUCCUCCUCCUCAAGCGCGGUGGCGAGACCGUCUUCUUUGGCGACCUCGGCACACACGCCAUCAACAUGAUCAACUACUUCACGGCAAUUCCCAACACGCCGCCGCUCGUCGAGGGUGCCAACCUGGCGACGUGGAUGCUCGAGGUCAUUGGCGCGGGUGUCGAAGCCAAGAGCACCAACUUGCCGCCCAACGACUAUGUCCAGAUCUUCAACGACUCGCAUGAGCGUGGUCUUCUCGUGGCGGCGCUCGAGCGCCACGCUGUGCCGCACCCGUCGCUGCCCGAGCUCACGUUUGCCACGCUUCUUCCGCAUGUACUGGCGCACGCCGUCGUACAACUACACGCGCGCGAUGCUCUCGAUCAUUUUGGCUCUUCUCUUGGCUUGGUCUACCGCGGCGUCGACUACACAACGUACGUUGGUGCGACGGGCGGCGUCGGCAUGGUCUUCCUCACGUCGCUCUUUAUGGGCAUCAUCUCGUUCAACAGUGUCCUUCCGCUCGCUACAGAAAAGCGCGCGUCGUUCUAUAGCGAACGCGCCUCGCAGACGUACAGCGCGCUCUGGUACCUUGUCGGCGGCACGGUCGUGGAGAUUCCGUACGUGUUUGUGACGACUUUUGUCUUUUGCGUCAUCUUUUACCCGUUUGUCGGUUUCAACGAGUCGAUCGGCGCAUGCCUCUUUUAUGGCCUCAAUGUCUCGUCCUUGGUGCUCAUGAACGUCUACUUUGGCCAGUUGAUGGCGUAUGCUAUGCCCCGUGUCGAGGUUGCCGCUAUCAUUGGCACUCUCUUCAACUCGUUCUUCUUCCUCUUCAUGGGCUACAACCCACCGUCAUCGCAGAUCCCGACCGGCUACAAGUGGCUUCACCACGUCAUACCAGCAAAGUACUCGGUCGCGCUUCUCGUCGCCGAGACGUUUGCCAAGUGCACGGACGGUACCCAGUUCGGUCGCCAGAUCAUGCCGGAAGAAGGCGUGCCCCCGAGUCUCUUUGUCGAGUUUGGCACCACGCGUGUCACCGUCCGCCAGUAUGUCGAGACGGUGUACGAGAUGAAGUUUGACGACCGGUGGACCAACUUUUUCGCGGGCUGCUUGCAGGGUUAG